UAUGUUAUAUAAUGAGAUUGUCAUGGUAUGCGUCUGCCCCCUCCUUCAUGUGCCUCCUGGUGUCCUCCAUCCCUCUCUAGAUUCCCUUUUGUGUCUCACAGCGCCCUCAUGUGUCCUUUGUCUGCGUCUCAUUUAUGUGUUUGUAGGCAUUCGAUCAUGGUAAAUGGUAAAAUGGUAAAUGGCCUGUAUUUGAUAUAGCGCCUUCUAGAGUUCUUGAAACCCCCCAAGGCGCUUUACAACACAAUCAGUCAUUCACCCAUUCACACACACACAUUCACACACUGGUGGGGAUGAGCUACGAUGUAGCCACAGCUGCCCUGGGGCGCGCUGACAGAGGCGAGGCUGCCGAGCACUGGCGCCACCGGUCCCUCCGACCACCACCAGCAGGCAACGUGGGUUAAGUGUCUUGCCCAAGGACACAACGACAGUGACAGACUGAGCGGGGCUCGAACCUGCAACCUUCCGAUUACGGGGCGAGCACUUAACUCCUGUGCCACUGUCCCCAUCCCUUCCAGUUGUAGCUCCAGCCUCUUUGUCCCCGGCUCUGUGUCUGUUUGGGUGUGUACGUGCCCAUUCCCCAAUAGCUGGGUUUCAUGUGACGUCAUCACCAGCGUGCGCAAAUUCGUUGGAGGGCAGGAAGUGAAGUGGAAUACAGCAAUUUAGCAAUCGCAACGAGUACCGAAGGUUGUCGUUCACAGAGGCGACAAGUAUAAAAAGCUUACAGAACAACGUCGGAAAAAAUGGAUUUUAAACCUACGCCUGCGGUCAGGAGGAGCAGAGUCUGACAAUGCCCGCGUCUGCGGUGACCACUUCCUCCAAGGUAUAUUAACAGCUAACGUUGUUUUAUGGCGGUGUUUAAAUACCGCAAUGUUAGUUCUAUUGUAGUGAUUACUUGUAGUCUUAAUAUGAACAUUAUUCGACUUUUUAGGCCGCCCUAGCUCCUUAGAUGAGGUUGAGUCGGAAGACUGGGCUCCAACGGUCAACCUCUGUUACCAGAAGUCUAAGCCCAAGUCAGAAGCCUCUCUUCAACGGGAUCAGAGGAUGAAGCUAAAGGAAGACAAACAAAAACGGUAUGAUUGUGCAGAAACUCUGUUGGAUCUUCAGAUACCAGACAAGCAGAGAGUUGAGAGCUCUGAACCAACGCUGACACCUGACCACCCACAGUCCGAGCGCAUCGGUGUGAUUGAGACGUUUAAUGAUGGAGGCUACGCAGAUGCCGGGACCCAGACAGAGCUUACGAUGAAGGACAUUGAGAAGAUGGAGGACGUUCUGAGACAGAACACAACAGAGCUGGCAGAUCUUCACUCCAAAAAACUGGACACAAAUUUUUGUCAGAACUCAUUUGAAAAAAAAAAUGAGGACAAGACUAAAUUCUACAAGGGACUCCCCAACUUUUUAGUUUUAUUGCAGAUUUUUGAGCUGUGUGAGCCCUACAUCACCUAUGGCCCCAUGUCUGUGCUGUCUAAAUUUGAACAGUUUAUGUUAGUUUUAAUUAGGUUGAGACUAAAUCUCCCACUGAAAGAUUUAGCUUUCAGAUUCAAGAUUUCUCUGUCCAGUGCUUCCAGAAUUUGGCAUAAAUUAAUUGACAUACUUUAUGAAAUACUAGAAUUUCAAAUUGAGUGGUCAGAGCGACAUGUACUUCAUGCAACAAUGCCAAUGUCAUUCAGAGAGGCAUUUGGAAAUAAAGUUGCUUGCCUUGAACACAAACCACACUAA